AUGAAUCUCUCCCAAAGAUUCAACCGUCACAAGCAUGAGGACCAUUCAUACGGACCCUUCGGCUUCCUCAAUCCUACUAUUCGAAACCUAUCAUUCCCCGAGCACAUCGAUCAAGCCGGCAAGGAAACUGCCAGUCAACCAGAACCAGCGACGAAGAGCCCCAAACCCUGGCACCAUGAAAUCCACAGCCAAUUCCGAACACGAGACAACAGAAAAGGUCGCCAUGCCCUCCUCCUCACCCAUCACGCCCACACCUCCCCAAAAAUCUCCACACCCCCUCCCACAACCUCCCUCCCUCAAACCCUCCACACAAUCCGUCUUAUGUUCACAUCCUUCCCGUACUGGGACAUAUCCUACCUCGUCGCCAUAAUCUUCACAUUCGGCUCCGUAAUCUGGUGUGUAAACGCGUUCUUCGUCUGGCUCCCUCUGCAGGUGCCAUCGAGCGAGUUCGAAGGGGAAAUCGGGGAUGCAGGUGGGAUUACGGCGUUUAUUGGCGCGACGGUGUUUGAGAUAGGUAGUGUGUUCUUGAUGUUGGAGGCGGUGAAUGAGAAGAGGGAGGGCUGUUUUGGGUGGGCGGUUGAGGAGUUGAUUGGGAAGGAGGUUAGGGUUGGGAGGGGGGUGUGUGGACAUCAUCAUGGGAAUAAGGGGAAUCUGGUGGGGAAGGGAGGGGGAGGGGUGGGUGAUGUGAAAGAGCAGCCCGAUGGGGAGGGGGUUGCGGGAAAGGAGAAUAGGAGUUGGGUUUGGUGGCCUACGUGGCAUGAGUUACGGACACAUUAUUCCAGGGAUAUUGGAUUUCUUGCUUGUCUGGCUCAAAUGAUAGGAGCAACUGUUUUCUGGAUAUCUGGGUUUACUGCUCUGCCUCCCAUAUACGAUGCGUUGACUUCGAGGGCAGCUCAAAAUGGUGCAUUUUGGCUCCCACAAGUAAUAGGCGGAACAGGCUUCAUAAUCUCCGGCACACUAUUCAUGCUCGAAACCCAAUCUCACUGGUAUAGACCAGCUUUUUCUGUCCUCGGCUGGCACAUCGGCGCCUGGAACCUAAUCGGCGGAAUAGGAUUUACCCUCUGCGGCGCACUCGGUUUCGCGAGCAGUAAUAGCGGAUGCGUAUACCAAGGUAGUUUGGCUACCUUUUGGGGUUCGUGGUGUUUCUUGAUUGGAAGCGUAAUUCAGUGGUUUGAGAGUUUGGAGAAAUUUCCGGUUGUGGUUGUGGAGGUGGGGGGCGGGGAGAGGGGAGGGGAUGGAAAAGCGGAGAUGAAGGGGGAGGUGGUGUGA